AUGACUUCCGUCGAAGAGCAAUUAAAGGAUGUGGCCAUUCUGGCUAGCAUCCCCAAUGAUGCCCGCAAAAUCCUUACCAAAGAAGCCUGUGCCUUCCUAGCCAUCUUGCACCGCGCCUUCAACCCCACCCGCAAAACUCUCCUUCAGCGCCGCGUUGAACGACAAGCGGAGAUUGACAAGGGUAUCUUCCCCGAUUUCAUCCCCUCGACAAAGCACAUCCGCGAGAAUGACGCAUGGAAGGGUGCACCCCCAGCACCCGGUCUGGUGGACCGCCGAGUCGAAAUCACCGGCCCAACAGAUCGCAAGAUGGUCGUGAAUGCCCUCAACUCCGACGUCUGGACCUACAUGGCCGAUUUCGAGGACUCCAGCGCCCCAACCUGGGAAAAUAUGAUCAACGGCCAGGUGAACUUGUAUGAUGCCAUCCGCCGCCAGGUCGACUUCCAGCUGAAUGGCAAGGACUACAAGCUGCGCUCAGACCGUGCCCUACCCACCCUGAUUGCUCGUGCUCGUGGCUGGCACCUGGAGGAGAGACACUUUACUGUGGAUGGGGAACCAAUUUCCGGCAGUCUGUUCGACUUCGGCCUCUACUUCUUCCACAAUGCGAAGGAGCUGGUUGACCGCGGUGCGGGUCCGUACUUCUACCUCCCCAAGAUCGAGUCUCACCUCGAGGCCCGUCUGUGGAACGAUGUUUUCAACCUUGGCCAGGAUUACAUCGGCCUGCCCCGUGGUACUAUCCGUGGUACUGUUCUUAUUGAGACUAUCACCGCUGCUUUCGAGAUGGACGAGAUUAUCUACGAACUGCGCGAUCACAGCUCCGGUUUGAACUGUGGUCGCUGGGAUUACAUCUUCUCUUUCAUCAAGAAGUUCCGUCAGCACCCCAACUUUGUCCUCCCCGAUCGUUCAGACGUCACCAUGACUGUCCCCUUCAUGGAAUCCUACGUCAAGCUUCUGAUCAAGACCUGCCACCGCCGCGGUGUCCACGCUAUGGGCGGCAUGGCCGCACAAAUUCCCGUAAAGACUGACCCAGUCGCCAACGAAAAAGCAAUGGAAAACGUGCGCGCCGACAAACUGCGCGAAGUACGCGCCGGCCACGACGGCACCUGGGUCGCCCACCCCGCCCUGGCCGCAAUCGCCUCAGAAAUCUUCAACAAGCACAUGCCAACACCAAACCAGCUCUUCGCCCGCCGCGAAGAAGUGCAAAUCACUGCAAAAGACCUACUCAACACGAACGUGCCCGGCAAGAUCACAGAAGAGGGUAUCCGCAAAAACCUCAACAUCGGUCUAAGCUACAUGGAAGGCUGGCUCCGCGGCGUCGGCUGCGUGCCCAUCAAUUUCCUAAUGGAAGAUGCCGCCACGGCCGAAGUCUCCCGCAGCCAGUUGUGGCAGUGGGUUAAGCACAAUGUCGCCACGGCGGAGGGCAAGCGCGUUGAUAAGGCUUAUGCGCUGCGUUUGCUGCAGGAGCAGGCUGAUAGCCUUUCGGCUGGUGGGGCGAAGAAUAAUAAGUAUCAGCUUGCUGCCAAAUACUUUGCCGAUCAGGUUACUGGAGAGGAUUAUGCUGAUUUCUUGACUACAUUGUUGUAUGACGAGAUUUCGUCGCCUGGUGCUGCUGCAAAGUUAUAG